AUGACACACGAAACUGUGAGGAUCGGUGGACGGCGGUCGAAGCUCGCCGUGGUGCAGAGCGAGAAGGUGAAGCAGCUGAUCGAGGCUGCGUUCCAGCAGUAUACGUGCUCGAUAACGACGACGCAGACGCUCGGCGACCAAGUGCAGUUCAAGCCGCUGUACUCGUUCGGCGGUAAAGCUCUGUGGACGAAAGAGCUCGAAGAUUUGCUCUACGAUGAGCGCGCGGACGUGCGGCUCGACUGCAUCGUGCACUCGCUCAAGGAUAUGCCCACGCUGUUGCCCGAUGGGUUCGAGCUUGGUGGGGUCACAAAGCGCGUGGACCCAUCAGACUGCCUAGUCAUGCCCCGGGAUUCGCUGUUUAGAAGACUGGAGGAUUUGCCCGCCGGGUCGAUCGUGGGGACAUCCUCCGUGCGCCGCACUGCACAACUGAAAAGACACUUCCCUCACCUCAGGUACGAGUCAGUGAGGGGCAAUAUACACACUCGUAUUGCAAAAGUGGACGACCCGGACUCGCCCUACGCGUGCAUCAUCCUCGCGACGGCAGGGCUCGUCAGGAUGGGGCUCGAGUCCCGCAUCACGCAGCGGUUCGACCACUCGGUCAUGUACCACGCGGUGGGGCAGGGGGCACUGGGGAUAGAAGUCAGGGCUGGGGACGAGCGCAUGCUGCGCAUCCUCAGUGAGGUCUCGGACCUCGAGACUACGGUGUGCUGCCUUGCGGAGCGCGCGCUCAUGCGUACCCUCGAAGGUGGUUGCUCCGUCCCCAUCGGGUGCACCUCCUCCUACGAUAUCGAGCGUGGCCUGCUCAAAUUGAGCGCGAUCGUCAUCGACGUCGAGGGCAAGAACUUCGUAGAGGAGUCCCUAGAGCAACACAUCGAAAACACAAGAGGGGACGCAAUGGCAUGUGGGAAGAGACUCGCAGAGAUAAUGAUUGAACAAGGCGCCAAACAGAUCCUGGACGAGAUCAACCUCACAAGACUCACAUAG